UUGAAAGCUGAUAUGUACGUUUGGUUUGUCACAACUCAAUUCUUCAUUUUCUAUUUUCCAUCUACGCCAAACACAGACUUUGUCUCGACCCCAACCAAACUCAUUAACGUUCCCACUUCAAUUCACCUGUCCUUAAUCAUGAAUCCAUAUCUUCAGUAAAAGGAAUCUACAAUAAUUUCCACUGAUUCACACCUCACCAAAUCCCGUAUAUAAACAAUUCCAACCUUUAUCAUAAUCUUUAUAAUAUUAACACAAGAAAAUUUAACAUGGGGAACACCAUAGGAGGAAGAAAGAAAGCCAAGGUGAUGAAAGUUGAUGGAGAAACGUUCAAGUUAAAGACUCCAGUUCAAGUUUCCGAUGUCGUUAAAGACUACCCAGGUCACGUUUUGUUAGAUUCAGAAGCUGUGAAACACUAUGGCAUUCGGGCGAAGCCGUUGGAGCCUCAACAGAUUCUGAAGGCCAAGAAAAUUUAUUUCUUGGUGGAGUUACCCAAGUUUAUUCCUGAAGAGAAAAAUAAAAUGCCCACUAGAAGGGUUCAAUCGGGGAUUCACAUGGGCGCAAAGGACCGGCUUGAGUUACUGAUGUUGUCAAGGCGGGCAGUUUCUGAUCUUUCUGCAGUUAAACCCUCGACGAGCCGUGGAUCUGAUGGGCAAGUGCCGGAACUUAAUGAUGGGCGCAUGAGGGUCAAAAUGAGGCUGCCCAAAUCCCAAGUGGCUAAAUUGAUGGAUGAGAGUAAGGAUGAAGCGGAGGCGGCUGAGAAGCUUGUCGAUCUUUAUGUUGGAAAAGCCGGCGGUGCGCCGCUACCGGGAGAGGAGUGGAAACCGAGACUUGGUAGCGUCAGAGAGAAUCAUAAGGCACGUGAGAAACACGUAAGUUUUUUUCCCGCAGAAGAAAUUCAACUAGAUGUUACAUCUCGGUAGUGAUCCAUGGACUUAAUUCCAGUAUCAAGUGCAAAAAGCAGAGCAUCAAGUUUCAUGUUUCAGUGUCUUUGUAAAUUUGUCUUAGAUAUCAUUUUUAGCUCUUAGGAAAUUAUUUAAGUAUUAGAAAGCCAACAAUUUUUGUCACAUUUCUGUGUCUCUCUCCAUAUCCUAUACAGUUAAAUCAUGUAUCUAUGGUAGCAAGCAAAAUU